AUGUUUCUUAUUAUUUCCUUCAUAUUCAUACAGGAGGAAUCGAAAACACGGGCAAGUGAGUUUGGCGCCACCAACGAUUGGAAAUCGAAACAGCCGUCAGUGCCGAAGCUUAAUCCUCAUUCAUCGACCUCGAACCGAUUAAACGUCGAACCUUUAAACCCAUCUCCUUCAAUGAUGCGGCAGCCGGCAAAUAUCGGCAGUAUGCCACAGUCUUGUUCAAAUCGAUGGGAAAUGUUUAAUAACGAAAUGCCCGAGGUGGUUAAACCGGCAGCAAGGUACGAACAGCCAUCGUCUUCAGUACCCCAUGCCCCUGUUAAAACGGAAUCGUCUUCGAACGCUUUUGUAAGACCACCACCUUCGGUUCCACGUCAUCGCUCUGCUUUCGAAGCUUUCAAAUCUAACACCGGCACUCAGGAGGUGAGGAACGAGUCAAGGCAACUUCGGGAGAAUGACGUUCCCCUCGACAGGGAUACAAAAAGUCAAAGAAGAAGUCAAAGGAGUCAGUAUGACCGCAGGCUUAAUGACGAAUUACAACAAAGCCAACCCGAACGUAGAAGAAACAACGAAUUCCAACAGGGGGAUCGAGAUGAAUAUCGUAGAGAUGAUGGCCCUUUUUUAUCACGUCAGGGAUCAUAUGGAAGAGAAAGCCGUAUUCGCGAAGAGCAGAACUUUCGAUAUCGUACAGAUCGAUACGCUGACAAUGACUGUUAUGAGGCUCGUGAACCAUCGCGAAAGGGCCGUUCAACAACUGAAAGUGGUCGAAACCUCCCCUAUCCACACCUUCCACCGGGGUCGAUAUUCAACCGAAUUUUUGACGAAAGCUGUAUACGUCGUCCUCAACGUCUUGUAACUACUAGAAAUUCGGUGACUGGGAAAAUAUCUUCUCGUGAACCAUCGCAAAAUGGCCGUCCAACAACUGAAAGUGGUCGAAAUCUCCCCUAUCCACACCUUCCACCGGGGUCGGUAUUCAACCGAAUUUUUGACGAAAGCUGUAUACGUCGUCCUCAACAUCGGGUGUGUUCUCGAAAUACGGUGACUGGGGAAAUGUCUCCCGAAAUUUCACAACGCUUUGGCUAUGACAAUACCAGCAGUCGCGUCUACGCAGAUAACAAGCGCACAUUUGAAAGUGCCAGCCGGCAACGGAAUGAGUCGCGCAACUAUGAUCGGCGAGAAGACCGCAACAACUGUCGAGAUUCCAGCUAUCCAGUCCACAUUGACCGUGAGACGGAACAUGAUUCGAGGAAAUGGAGCAUUUCGAACAGACAAGAUAGUCGCCACCAAAAUGUGCAAGCUCCGGCGAAUAACGUUAGUGAAGCGAAUGACUCGUUUACACGUCUAGUAAGUUUUGUUGUCUAUUUUUUAAAGCCAAACUCAAUACUGAGUGUCUAUUCGGAUUGGACCUUUGUGGAUCGAAUCAUCGUUGUUCACCUUUUUUCGAUCUCAGCAUUGGAGGUCUCUCUGAAGCCACGACCAAGAUGA